AAAUCAAGUGAUUCUUAGAUUUCGAUCGCAAAAGAAGAAGAAGAGGAAUAGUUGCUCUCUCCUUCUUGGCAUCCAAUUUCGGGUACGUUGUUGUAUCUUCCCCAGAUGGAUAGAAGUGUCCAGCGACUGCUGAACCGCGUGUCGCUGGCCUUCGCCACCAUUGCCACCGUCUCCCUCCUCCACAUCUACUACCACAACUCCCUCUCCUGUGCCCCCGCCGGCGACGCCGCCUACCGUCACCACCACCAGACCCUCACCCUAACACUCUCUCCCUUCCCCAAGACAUCCUGCGACGCCGCCGCCCGCGACCACAUCACCCCCGAGAAGCGUUUCGCCAAGCUCCGCUCUUCCCGCGCCUGGCGCAGCCGCGUCGACGCCUUCGCUGACCUCUUCCGCCCUCUCCACCCCCUCGGCCUCCUCUCCAACGCCUCCCACGUCCUCUGCGUCUCCGCCGGCGCCGGCCACGAGGUCGCCGCCCUCCAUGAGUCCGGCGUUGCCGACGUAACCGCCGUCGAUCUCGUCGACUUCCCUCCGCUCGUCAGCCGAUCCGACCCCCACAAUCUCCCUUUCUUCGAUAGCGUCUUCGAUCUCGGCUUCAGCGCCGGCCUCGCCGGGGCGCUCUUCCCGACCCGUUUCGUCACUGAGCUCGAGCGCACCGUCCGCCGGGGCGGCGCCACCGUCCUCGCCGUGGAUCGCUGCUCCCCAAAGGAAGUGGACGAAAUUAGGGCUUUGUUCCGGAGGUCGAGUCUCUUGGAGGUGGCCCUGUUUGAUGAGAGACAAUGGGUAAAAGCUAUAAUGGAAUUUGGAGGACAGAAGCUGAAUAUGAAUGAUGGCUUUUACACAGCAAAUUUUGUGAGGCUGCUGAUGGAGAUGAGGCAAAGGUGAUGAUUACAAUCCUGAAAUCAAUGCUAUAUAUAUCUGUAAAUAGAAUUUAAACUAGGUGGAUGAAAUGUAGAGAGUACUUGCCUACUGCAUGCCAGCACCUCUAACAGCAUUGAGACUGGUUAUGUUUAAGAAUAUUUCAGCACAUAAGUGAUAUGGUAAUUUAGGUGUAAGGCUUCAUACUUAUCAAAAUAGGAAAGGCGGUGAUUAUCAUUUCUGAGAUAGCCAGAGA